GCUGUCCCCUGUCGGGCCGAGGGCACCCGCCCCGAUGGGACGCGCCGCGCGGCCGGGCCUCAGCCCUUCCUCGCGGCGGCGCUGCGCUGGGCCGGCCGGAGCCCUCGAAGGGCGGCGGGCGCUGCGGGUCCUCGUCGUUCGGUCCUCGGGCUCGGCCCGGGCGCUCGGCGGGGGUCCCGGAGAGCUCGGGAGGCGCUGAGAGGGCUGCGGGCGUGGGCCGUUGAAAUGGUGUCAGACGCCGUGCAGUGCACCGCCCUGCCACUCCGGCAAUGGGGCGGAAUUCGAAAGCUUGAAAAGAAUUCAGCGCUAGCCCGGCCCCUCGGUUUCACACAUGCUGGAGCCACGCAUCCAGUCGGCACUCUGGAAAACCCACAUUUGCCUACUUGAAUCUUUCCUGUCACUCACAGGUUGGAAGACAUGGAGGCUGGUUCGGUGGUUCGUGCCAUCUUUGACUUCUGCCCCAGUGUAUCAGAAGAGCUUCCGCUCUUUGUGGGAGAUAUCAUUGAGGUGCUGGCAGUGGUGGAUGAAUUUUGGCUUCUAGGAAAGAAGGAAGAUGUUACAGGACAGUUCCCUAGCAGUUUUGUGGAAAUUGUAACCAUUCCAAGCCUAAAAGAGGGAGAGAGGCUGUUUGUCUGCAUCAGUGAAUUUACAUCCCAAGAGCUGAACAGUCUUCCCCUCCACCGAGGUGACCUGGUGGUUCUCGACGGUGCUCCCGUGGCAGGCUGGCUGCAGGGCCGAAGCUGCUGGGGUGCCCGGGGCUUCUUCCCAUCCUCAUGUGUCCGUGAGCUCUGCCUCUCCUCACAGAGUAGGCAGUGGCACUCACAGAGCACUCUGCUUCAGAUUCCUGAAUAUUCCAUGGGACAAGCCCGGGCCCUAAUGGGGCUCUCUGCCCAGCUGGAUGAGGAACUGGACUUCAGGGAAGGGGAUGUGAUUACUAUUAUUGGAGUUCCCGAACCGGGCUGGUUUGAAGGGGAGUUGGAGGGUCGAAGAGGCAUUUUCCCCGAAGGCUUUGUAGAGCUUCUGGGACCGCUGAGGACUGUGGACGAGUUGGUGGGUUCUGGAAAUCAGGGUGACUGCAUUGGUAACGGUGAAGUGGAUGCUCCCGUGGGAGAAGAGGAGAGCGGGCCAGGCGAGGAAGAGGAGCAGCCAGGGACCUACGGAAUUGCACUCUACAGAUUCCAGGCCCUGGAGCCAAAUGAGCUGGAUUUCGAUGUCGGGGAUAAAAUCCGAAUCCUGGCCACCUUGGAGGAUGGCUGGCUGGAAGGCUCCCUGAAAGGCAGGACAGGCAUCUUUCCUUACCGGUUCGUGAAGUUGUAUCCUGACAGGCAGGUGGAGGAGACCCUGCCCCUGCCCCUGCCCCAGGAAGGUGGCCAUCCCGAGAUCCCUGAGAGCUCCGCGGAUUGUUUGGAGAAUCCCUUAGCAGUGGAGGAGCCAAGGUGGGAACCUCGUGAGUGUGAGGCCGAGAAGUCCAACUGGGAUGUUUCUGAAACAUCCGCUUCUGCCCACGACAGUCUGGCUUCUGAGUAUGAAACAUCUUACCAGGAUGAGGGCACCUCGGGAGGGUCCCUGAGCAGCCCGCCUGGGGAGCACGAGAGGCCUCCUGCCCGAGACUCACCCACAGCACGUCCCACAGGGGUGGUCAAUGGCCUUUCCUCCCAACCGCAGGUGCCUCUCCACCCGAAACUGCAGAGGAGCCAGUAUUAUCCCACCGCAGGAGGGGGCCCCCAGGGCUCAGCAUGGUACUCUGACCUUCCUCCGGCAGCCAGGACUAGAAACUACUCCAGCCUACCUCCCAGCAGAACGGGUUCCCAGCUGAGAACUCGACCAGCGCCACUGCCUGGCCUGCACAGAGGAUCUUCCCUUCCAGCCUCCCGGGGAGUCAGGCCCAGUACCUGGAGUCCUCAGCGGCAGGGCCCGGCUAGGGCUGCUAAGAAGCACCGUGCAUCCCAAGAAAACGCUCGCAGUUUUGACUCCGUGCUGGAGAGAUCAGAGCUGAAGCGUGAUCCACAAGGCAAGCGGCCCGCUCUGGAAGUCCUAGCACCUCCCCAUGGCGAGGGCAGCAUUGACCUGGACUCUAAGUUGACCCAACAGCUGAUAGAGUUUGAGAAGAGCUUGGCAGGCCCUGGCACUGGGCCAGAUAGAAUCUUCCGCCACUUUUCCAUCAUGGACUUUAACUCUGAGAAGGAUAUCGUCCGAGGUUCCUCCAAGUCAGCCACCCCACAGGAGCUGCCAGACAGGAGGAGGGCAUUAAGGCCACCGCCACCCCGUCCCUGCACCCCAGCACCCACUUCUCCCCAUCUCGUUGACCAGAGCCAGACGCCCACACCUCCCUUGGCCAUGCGACCCUCUCGCCCAGCUCCCCUACCUCCCUCAGCACAGCAGAGGACGAAUGCGGGGUCCCCCAAGCUCCUGACCUCUCACCAUCCCAGCUGUGACACCCUGGGAGAGGAGCACUCUGAACAUGUGCAGGGCAGUCUGGACCCCACCUCCCCGUGCCCCUUCGUCUUGGUGAGGAUCCAGGAGGUGGAGCGGGACUUGGACAUGUACAGCAGGGCUCAGGAGGAGCUCACCUUAAUGCUGGAGGAGAAGCAAGACGAGUCGUUAAGGGCCGAGACCCUUGAGAAUCUCGAGUUCUACGAGAGUAACAUUGAAAGUUUGAACAUGGAACUCCAGCAUCUUAGAGAAAUGACACUGCUCUCCUCCCAGUCUUCGCUGGUGGCCCCUGCUGCGUCUGUGUCCACUGAAAACCCAGAGCAGCGGAUGCUGGAGAAGCGAGCCAAGGUGGUGGAAGAACUUCUUCAGACAGAACGAGACUACAUUCGGGAUCUGGAAAUGUGCAUCGAGCACAUCAUGGUACCCCUGCAGCAGGCCCAGGCACCAAACAUUGAUUUUGAGGGACUUUUUGGAAAUAUGCAGAUGGUGAUCAAAGUCUCAAAGCGAUUGCUGGCUGCUCUGGAAAUCAGCGAUGCUGUAGGGCCUGUGUUCCUUGACCAGCGGGAUGACCUUGAGGGGACCUACAAGGUCUACUGCCAGAACCACGAUGAGGCCAUCUCUCUGCUGGAGGUCUACGAGAAGGACGAGAAGAUCCAGAAGCAUCUUCAGGAUGCCUUGGCGGACCUGAAGAGUCUGUACAAUGAAUGGGGGUGCACAAACUACAUUAACCUGGGCUCCUUCCUCAUCAAGCCGGUCCAGAGAGUGAUGCGUUACCCACUGCUGCUAAUGGAGCUGCUGAAUUCCACACCAGAGUCCCACCCAGAUAAAGUGCCUUUAACCACUGCCGUCCUCGCCGUCAAGGAGAUCAACGUGAACAUCAACGAGUACAAACGGCGGAAGGACCUGGUCCUCAAGUACCGUAAGGGGGACGAAGACAGCCUCAUGGAGAAAAUUUCCAAACUGAACAUCCACUCCAUCAUCAAGAAAUCCAACCGGGUUAGCAGUCACCUGAAGCACCUCACCGGCUUUGCUCCUCAGAUAAAAGAUGAAGCAUUUGAAGAAACAGAAAAGAACUUCCGAAUGCAAGAAAGAUUGAUUAAAUCUUUUAUCCGGGACCUGUCCCUCUACCUCCAGCAUAUUCGGGAAUCGGCGUGUGUGAAGGUGGUGGCUGCUGUGAGCAUGUGGGAUGUGUGCAUGGAGAGGGGCCACCGCGACCUGGAGCAGUUCGAGAAGGUGCAUCGCUACAUCAGCGACCAGCUCUUCACAAACUUCAAGGAGAGGACGGAGCGCCUGGUCAUCGCGCCCCUGACGCAGCUGCUGAGCAUGUUCACGGGACCCCACAAGCUGGUGCAGAAGCGCUUCGACAAGCUGCUGGACUUCUACAACUGCACCGAGCGGGCCGAGAAGCUGAAGGACAAGAAGACGCUGGAGGAGCUGCAGUCGGCCCGCAACAACUACGAGGCACUCAACGCGCAGCUGCUGGACGAGCUGCCCCGCUUCCAGCGCUGCGCCCAGGGCCUCUUCGCUAACUGCAUCCACGGCUACGCCGAAGCCCACCGCGACUUCGUGCAACAGGCGCUGGAGCAGCUGCAGCCUCUGCUCUCUUUACUCAAAGUCUCCGGCAGAGAGGGGAACCUCAUCGCCAUCUUCCACGAGGAGCACAGCAGGGUGCUGCAGCAGCUGCAGGUCUUCACCUUCUUCCCGGAGUCUCUGCCCGCCACCAGGAGGCCCUUUGAGAGGAAAACCGUGGACCGCCAGUCUGCCCGGAAGCCCCUGCUGGGCCUGCCUGGGUACGUGCUGCAGUCAGAAGAGCUCCGGGCCUCGCUCCUGGCCAGGUACCCCCCUGAGAAACUCUUCCAAGCAGAGCGGAACUUCAAUGCUGCUCAGGACCUGGACGUGUCUCUGUUGGAAGGCGACUUGGUGGGCGUGAUCAAGAAGAAAGACCCCAUGGGCAGUCAGAACCGCUGGCUGAUCGACAACGGAGUCACCAAAGGCUUCGUGUACAGCUCCUUCCUGAAGCCCUACAACCCUCGCCGCAGCCACUCGGACGCCUCCGUGGGCAGCCACUCCUCCACCGAGUCGGAACACAGCAGCGCCUCCCCACGGGCCCCCCGGCAGAACAGCGGCAGCACCUUGACCCUCAACCCCAGCAGCAUGGCCGUGGCCUUCACUUCAGGGCCUUGUCAGAAGCAGCCUCAGGACGCAUCUGGGGCAAAGGAAGGCGACCCAGGAGCGGGCAGUGCACCUCCAAGCCUGGCUGGCUCAGAGGGUGGGCUGUCAGCACCGGACGCUGCCUCCCUGCCCAGGAUAGGGGACGCUGCGGAGGUGGCCAGAGACGUAAGGCAGCCCGCUGCCACCCUGAGGAGCUACCGCAGCCCCGGGCACCCCGAGCUGGUGACUCACUCCAUGCCAGGGCGAAACGGGCAGGGCCGAGACCUCGCGAAAGGAUGCACGAGGGCAGCCCAGGCCCUGGAAGACAGAAAAGAGGAGCCAGCAAGCAUGGAGGCGGAAGGCAACCAGGUCUAUUUUGCUGUCUAUACUUUCACGGCACGAAACCCAAAUGAGCUGAGCGUGUCUGCCAAUCAGAGACUCAAGAUCCUCGAGUUCAAAGACGUCACGGGAAACACAGAGUGGUGGUUAGCUGAGCUCGAUGGCAGGAAAGGUUACGUGCCCUCCAGUUACAUCCGCAAGACCGAGUACACCUGAGCCUCUCCUGCCUGCCACGCGGCCUUGCUGUUAGCCUGCCGAAAGGUUCUGGUGGGCCACGGAGGGGGCACCGCCCCUGAGACACAGGCCCUGCCACGUUGCAUAGCUGUGGCCUGGUGCAACACAAGAUGAGUCUUGUCCUUCCUCGGUUGGGUUGUAAAACUUGAUGUUCACUAGCGUUUCUAGAAUCAAAAAUGGACCCUGGCCAUGAGAAAAAGCAAGUUCUGGGCUCCAGCUCUGAAGUCGAGAGCUGUCCAACCGGAAGCCAGCGUGCUGUGGACACAGGAAGUCAAGCUGUCUCGGUUGGAACCAAACAGUGUGGGCUGGCCCGUACUCCACGAUCAGCCGGCCGGAAGCUCCCUGGGUGAAGUAAAGAAUGAGGCUCCGAGAGGCCUUGGAGGCUGCGCUUCUGCGCAGGGCAGGGGAUCUGUCAGUGUUAUGAAGCCUUAGACACACACCCGAAGUCCCAUAGGUUAGGCAGCCUUCAACUUUUUCUUUUUAAGGAGUGUUUAGGGUCUUUAUUUUCCUUUGCCCUUCAUCUGAAAGGUUCUGUGGCCUCACUAGGUGUGAUCCACCUACACUUUUCCGACAGUCAUCCCAACCUCAGGCUGCCUCGGUGGGGUCCUGGCCCUCUCUCUCAGGCCUCAGGAGCAGAUCUUCCUGCAACCACAGGAUCAGCCCUCCAGCUGGCGUCAGUGCCACAAUAACCCAACAGCAGUUCCUUCCUCCAAGGUCACAACUACCAUUUCGUUACCCCCACACAUGCAGAGAACUUGACCCGUGUGACUUACUUGAAUUUGGGUAAGCAGUCCAAGAAGUUUCUCCUGGGCCACUGCCUUCCACGCCGAGGUGACGCUCGGGAGCUGGGUGCGAGAGCCCCCGGUAGGACCUGUCCGUAGUCAAAGAUUAGCAAAGCCCCUAGCGGGGUCCUUAUUCUUAAGGCCUUCCCCAGACACAAAGCCUGCCUUGGAACUGGAAACUGAAUUUUGUCUUUGCAGAAAGGGAAUCGAGAACAGCCUUAAGCCCCUGCUCCUCCAGGUACCCAUCUGGCCUUCAAACCCUGGUGACUUUGGAGCCGUCUGUGGCCUGACGGUCACCUCAGGAGAUGGCUCUAGAGCAGUCUUUUGUGAAGUGUUUCUACUUAGAGAUGUUUAUAUUUAAGUAGCUAUUUUAUAAAUAAAUGCAUUUCUAAUGGCCACAA